AUGGAUAACGGUACAUCAUUACCAAGUGCAAAGCCACUGGAAGCUGCUGCUCAAGCAACACUACUCGCGGCGCAUCUCCCUGAUGCAAGCGUCUCGCAUAUGGACUUCCGCGACUCGUCAUACUUCAAAAAACAUGUCAGCCUGCCGACUCCUGAACAAGUGAAAGAGCGCUGCAAUCAUGCAGACAAAACAUUCUACCGCCCGUCGCCUGUUUCGUUCAAUCAGCUGGGUCUCCUAGUCAAAUUUGGUCAGUGUGUGUCUGUUGUGGAGGUCCAGUGCAUCUGGGCCAUCCGAAAACUGUUCGGAGACAGGGUCCCUGUUCCAGAACUAUACGGUUGGCGGGUCGAAGGUGAUGUCGUCUUUAUUUACAUGCAAAAGAUUCAGGGUGCUCUGUUGCAUGACAAGUGGGGUUCCUUCAGCGACGCAGACAAAACGGCAGUCUGCGCACAACUGUAUGGAAUGAUCUCGUCAUUGCGAGAAUUGAGACAAGAUCCCGCCCAUCCAUUCAUCGGCUCUAUUAGCGGCAAUCGCGUUCUUGACUACAUUUUCAGAGAUUGGUCGACGGGUCCUUUUAAGACUGUCAAUGAACUUCACGACUGGAUAUCUUGGAUACCCCGCCGUAAUUUGCCUGAUCCAAACCAGGUUGAAGAUCCAUACAGGGCUUACUUGUCAGAUGCAGUCGCUAUCAAAUUCACGCAUGCGGAUCUUCACAGGCACAAUAUCAUUGUCUCCAAAACCCUGCCUCCUCAAAUUGUUGCGAUAAUUGACUGGGAACAGGCCGGUUGGUAUCCCGAAUAUUGGGCGUGGUGCAAGGCAUGUUAUACCUCGGACUACGAGGGAGAAUGGCGACUUCGCUACAUGCCGAUGUUCUUGAUCCCCUAUCAUGAUGAGCAUAAUGUGUUUGGGGAGUACGUCCACUUUAUGGGUGCAAUUUAG